CCUGUGUGUCGAAACCGCAGAGGCGGUUCCUGAGCUCAGCCCUGCUGCUCUUAGGGCGCCUCCUGGUUACGUGUGUCCUGACCCCCGGACACUGGCGGUCAGAGACCCCUGAGCUGAGACGGGUGGGCUGAGCGAGGGUGGAGUCUGCUGGAGUCUGAUGGGUGAGCUGAGUCUAAAGAAGGAAACAGCAGGAGAGAAGACCCAGGGUGAAAAACGACAGACUUGAGGAAUGAGAGCGCCCAGUCAGGGCUGCGUCACGGGCGCUGCCAGAGAGCGGGAGGGCCCCGGGCCGGAGCAGGGUGGACGUCUUUGGGCUCAAAGAGAAAGGGCUCUGAGCCCAGAGAGUCAAGGAGCCCCGGCUGGGCCUGGAGGAAGCCCAGGGGACAAAGUAAGAGGGUGCAGUUCUGACAGAGAGGACGAGUUGCACGCCCCCGAUGAAGAGAAGAGCUCCGUGGAGAGUGUUCUCACGUGUUGCGCGGUGCAGCUCAGCCCUCCUGGGCAGUGGUGUCAGAGGCAGCCUGGAUAUCACCGGGCCGGGGAGCCCGGGGGAGGUGGCCUUCACUCACGGUGCUGAUCCUGGUGACUGUGCGUCCCAGACAUUGUUUUUUGUCUCCAGUUUUCAUCCAUCAUCUCUAGUCUCUCUUACACGGCACUGGAUCACACCUCCUAACCCACCUGAGGUGGGGUGGCUUGUGGCUCCUAGCAAGCUUUUAAAUGAAAACCACAGAAUAACUCUUGGUCUAGCUCAUUCUUGUGUUCUUUUAAUGGGACAGGAAUUACCCGCCAGCAGACUGCUUCUGCAAGACGGCUCAGGAGAUCUCAGGAUGAGCGUGCCUCAGGUCAGGCAGCUUAGCCCACAGCUGGAGCGCUUCCCCUGGAGUAGCUCUGUGCGUGCUCGUGAUUCCGGCUGCCCUUCCCAUGCUGAAUAUGGCACCAUGGACUUCAGUGGGUUCAAGUUAUUCUUUUGAGAAAGACAGCUUAUCUUCUUGAACACAGAGACGCAGCUUGCACAUCUCCUGCCCGACUGUCUACUUCACCCCUGAAAAACAACAAAGGAUUUUGAGUCCCUGCUCAUGUUUUGCCUUCUGUCAGUAAUGAUCUUCCUGUAUGUGUGUACCUGGGUGACCUGUUUCAUUCUUCAAGGGGGAGUAGGACAUCACCUCCUCCAGGAAGUCUUCCUGUGACUCUUGGAGGUUGAGAAUGUGAGAAAAAUCCUGAAAGAGACUGAGGUGGCUCCAAAGGUGUGGCUGGAUGAUCCAGUGACGGGGCAAGAGAGAAUGAUGACCAGGAAGUUAAAGGAAGAAAGUGUUUGUUGGCAAUGGAGGGUCCUAGAAAGUGAAACACUCCCGAGGGUAGGGCUUUGCCUAAAAUGGAUGCCCUCAGCACAGCAAAUGUUGAAUUUUGUCUGGAUGUGUUCAAGGAGCUGAACUAUAACCACGCAGGAGACAAUGUCUUCUUCUCCCCGCUGAGUCUUCUUUAUGCUCUUAGUAUGAUCCUCCUGGGGGCCAGAGGGAGCAGCGCGGAGCAGAUGCAGAAGGUGCUUCACUUUAAUCAUAUUGUAGAAUCAUCAGGACCAGAGUUCAGGGACUUGGCUAAGUGCAGCCGAGCUGGAAGGAUUCACUCAGAGUUAGGAGUCCUUUUCUCCCAGAUCAAUCGGUCAGACUCUAACUAUAUCCUCAGCAUCGCCAACAGACUCUACGGGACAAAGGCGAUGGCAUUCCGUGAGCAAUACUUACACUGUUCUGAGAAAUUGUAUCAAGCCAGGCUGCAAACUGUUGAUUUUGAACGGUCUGCUGAAGAAACAAGGAAAACCAUCAAUGCUUGGGUUGAAAGCAAAACUGAUGGAAAAGUCACUAACCUCUUUGGAAAAGGCACGAUUGAGCCCUCCUGUGUCAUGGUCCUGGUGAAUGCCAUAUAUUUCAAAGGACAAUGGCAGAAUAAAUUUCAGGAACGAGAGACAUUUAAAACCCCUUUUCAGUUAAGUAAGGGUAAAAGUGUAACUGUGGAGAUGAUGUAUCAGACUGGGAAGUUUAAACUGGCCGUCAUCGAGGAACCACAGAUGCAGGUUUUGGAGCUGCCCUAUGUCAACAACACACUCGGUAUGAUCAUUCUGCUUCCAGUGGGCACGGCUGACGUAGACCAGGUAGAAAAGCAGCUGAACUCGAAGACCUUUCAGGAAUGGACCAGCCCAUCCAACAUGGUGGAGAGGGACGUGGAAGUGCAUCUCCCAAGAUUCAAACUGGAGAUCAAGUACGAGCUUAAUUCCUUGUUAGAGUCCCUCGGGAUGACAGACAUCUUCAGCCAGGUCAAAGCAGAUCUUUCUGGAAUAUCACCAGUCAAGGGCCUCUUUGUAUCAAAGGUCAUCCACAAGUCCUAUGUGGAGGUCAACGAGGAGGGCACGGAGGCAGCCGUGGCCACUGGCAACGUUCUGGCAGUAAAAAGACUUCCCGUCCGAGCUCAGUUCCUGGCGAACCGCCCCUUCCUGCUCUUCAUCAGGCACUUUCACACCAACAUGAUUCUCUUCUGUGGCAAGCUGGCCUCUCCCUGAGCAGAGUGGGUGGAGCAAGGCUCAGGGUCACAGAGGAGACGCAGCGACCAGCCAGGACUAAAAGCGGUCCAUACCUCACCCUCCUCCAUGCCUCAGUUUGCUCCUCUGCAGAAUCGGUCUAGGGCAUCUCCCAGCUUAUCCCACGAGUUGGUGAAGCCUCAGAUGAUGCCCAUCAUGGAAGAAGCUAUAACUACAAACAAGCCUCUCUGUCUGUUUUAUCUUUGGGGCCUCGUUUAAGUGCUAUCCAGGUGAUAUGAUCCAGUCAGUGGGAAAUAGUUUAGAAGAUUAGAUUUUCUUGACUUGUUUGUAUCAGUGAGCUCUUGGUUAAGUGGCCACUUUACCUGAAGACCAAUGUAAGGGCUUCAACUUUGGCUGGGUCUUAAAAUCUGUUAUUUUCCUUGUAUAUGUAAAUAUAACAUCAUGAAUUCUGUAUUGACUAUAAUAAAUACAUGAAAUGCCUUGAAUUCCUGGAGGAUUGUUAGUACUCUGCAGUAGCUCAAUACACAUGAGAAAAGACUAUGGAUAAGUGGAAGUCUGAUUCAGUGCAGGUUUUAGGAGAAUCUUUGGCUAAAUCUUUUUAGGCUCUAAACUGAAUCAGA